CCACCACUUCCCUCUCCACCACCGCGUCACCACCCCUCAUCCAGGGCAGCACUCCGCUCUCACAGAUCGGCGCCCAUCCCUGCCCUCCACCUCCAGAGACCAGCAUCGUCAACCUGCUGGCCCCCUGACCCCCCCGUCGUGCGAAGAGGAGGAUGACGGCGGGAUACGGCGGCAGAAGCGCGGUGUCCUGCCGAAGCACGCCACGGCCAUCAUGAAGGCGUGGCUGUUCCAACACAUCGUCCACCCUUACCCGAGCGAGGACGAGAAGCGGCACAUCGCGGCGCAGACCAACCUGACGCUCCUGCAGGUCAACAACUGGUUCAUAAACGCUCGGCGCCGCAUCCUGCAGCCCAUGAUUGACGCCUCAACUCCUCCCGACCAGAAGACCAAGAAGUCCAAGGCCUACAACCCCAAGGCCUCUGCCACAAGGUUCUGGCCUGAUAGUCUCAUAAGUCUGCAUGGUAAACUACAGAACAACAAUAACAACAACCAUACGGCUUCUUCACUCGCUCGCAAGACUAACUUGUCUAACACGGAGGUGACAGCCAGUCCCCUGUCCGCGAUGGGCGAAGAGGAAGCAGAAGAAAUCGAGGAUGAGGAAGAAGAGGAGAGAAGGAGAGAACAGGAAGAAGGGGGAGAGGGAGAAUACGAGGAUAAUAAAGACUGCAUCAUUAAACACCACGAAAACACAGACCAUCACGAUAUUGACGUCGGUACCUUGUAGUCUACCUUCUUCAGAACCGACACUUAAAGUUCGUCACAUUCGGCCAAUAUAUUCGAUAUAUUCGUUUAAAGAAGUCGUGUCAGGUUUUAGAUGUACCAAAUUUCCAGAUGAUUACCCUCAAAUUACCCUUUAAGUGAUUAGAAUUACUGACAACCUAAUUUCUUUCUGAAUCCCCGUCGUUUAGUAUAUAUGAUGAUGACGUGAACAUGUGAUAAAUAGCUGAUGAAACAAGGCACAGCUAGGACUGUUCAAUGUGCAUUAGUACUGUAUACGGUAGUUGUUUAAAUAAUUCAGGAAGUUUUUGCAGGAUGGCCAUUUUUUAGGGUUGUUUAAAUCUUAACAGAUGAUAUAUGCCAAAGAAUCUUUGUACAAGAAUUAUACAUCUAUUGAACUCUUCCAGUCGGUUUUGCU